AUGCAUCGGUUUGGAACGAUUUUUAACCGAAAUGGACGUCGACGUCCCGAUUGCCCCCCUGAAGUCGUCGAUCUCGAGAAUCUGACUCGUCUGAAUGAAUUGAUCCCGACGAACAUCGGCGAAGACGCGCCUGCUGCUCCUUUACCACAGGAGCAAAGCGCCAACUUUGCGAACUGGCCUGGAGUUCCGAGCGCCCUUCCAGCAGCGUACGCGUUUAGCCCCUAUGGUGCGAUGGGUGUGAACCCUGUCUUCCAGUUCCCGGUUGGCUUCAACGCACCGCAUCGUUUCGUCCCUGGCACGCCGAUUGGAGCUCCGCUUCCGCCCUCACCUUUCGUCGGCCUGGACCCCCAUUUCGUGAAGGGUGCACGAUUGUACCAGCAUCCCAGCUCCCUCACCCCCAAUGCCAUCUUUCCCUACCCGAUGUUUCCCCCAUCGAUGGGAGGCAGCGGACAAUUCUUCCGAUUCGGUCCAACCCGAGAAUUCGAAGUUGGAUACGAAGGAAUUCCGCAGCAACCCUCCGACGUCGCCGACGCUCACCCCCGCCUUCUGCAGCAACGACGAGUAGAGCAACGUGACGCUCGUCGAAUCGGAAGCAUGGAGGCGCUCGACCAAGUUGGUCUCGACGAGCCUACCACUUCUCGCAAGCGUCCGACGGAUAACGCGGGCGUCUUCGGCCAACCACCGUCGAAGAAUGCUCGGGGUGGAAGCUACGGGGUCGUUUGGAUUAAAGGCGCCCCUGUCAACGUCGCCAACCAUGGAAGAACCAUCCUUCGCAUCACACCGGAGGAUGCCGUGUACGCUGGCUAUGGAAACCACCUGUUUCCAAUGCCCAUCAAGCGUCCAGGGGUUACCUUCACUCGCCCCCUUUUGACUGAAGCGGAGAACGUCCACAAAAACGGCAGCGAUCCGCUGUCCGUCGUCUUGAUGCGAAUCUCCAACUUCUACAAGGAGAAGCACGCUCAGCUCGCCGACCUUGAACGAGAGCUGAGCGAUGGACACUAUUCCAUCGUGGUGUCAACUCCAACUGUGGCUGUUUCAUUUGGUGGAGCUGAUGUUUGGGGUGACGAACUUUGA